AUGUCCGACCAAGCGCAUUCUCAGGAUGGACAACAGGGGCCAUCACCCGCUCACCCGGAGGGCUCAGCAACAUCUGGCGAGCAACAGAUAUGCGACGUUGAAACGAACGAAAUAUCGAGAGGAGAAUGGAAUAACGGCAAGGGGUUAAUUGAGGCCGAAAAUGUUCUGUGGGGCGCAGGAGCCAUCGAUGACGACGACAACGACAACAAAAACAACAAUGAUAAUAAUAUCGUAAAUGUCGAAAAGCACCCAAACAGGAUAUCAGAUUCAUCCCAUCCCCCAGAGAACAGCAACACCCCAGAGCCCCAGCUGCCUGAACCGGACGGCUUGUCGAGAGAUCUUGAAGGGAAUAUAUACCCCGAAGGUGGCGUACAGGCGUAUCUUGUCGUUUUUGGAUCGUUCAUGGCUCUCUUCGGCACCCUUGGCCUUGCCAAUUCGUUAGGAUCAUUUCUAGCAUGGAUAAGUACGCAUCAGCUCAAGGACUAUAGCCAGCGUAGCAUCAGCUGGAUCUUCGGCAUCUAUGCCUUCCUCAUGUUCUUUGGUGGUCUUCAAAUCGGCCCAAUCUUCGAUGCCAAAGGUCCUCGAUUCCUCGUGCUUGCGGGCGCCGUUAUGGUCACGCUCAGUAUCGCCCUUAUCGGGCUCUGCGAGGAAUAUUGGCAUUUCAUGGUUGUCUGGGGGAUCGUUGGCGGAAUUUCCGUGUCUUUGGUCUUCACUCCGGCUGUGGCAAGCCCAGGCCAUUUCUUCUAUCGUUUGAGGGGCAGGGCAACUGGGAUUGCUGCGACGGGGGGGAGCGUUGGCGGCAUAGUAUUCCCAUUAAUGCUGCAGGAUCUGUUGCCCAAAGUGGGAUUUGGAUGGGCAACUCGCGCUGUGGCUUUGGUUACGCUUGUCUCGUUAAUGAUGGGAUGCAUAUUGAUCAAAUCGAGAUUGCCCAAGAAAAAGGCAACGAGGAAAAAUAUCCUUCCUGAUUUCCGCAUCUUAUGGGAGCCGCAAUUUGCAUUGACGACACUUGGGGUAUUUUUUAUAGAAUGGGGGCUUUUCAUUCCCAUCACGUACAUCUCCGCAUAUGCUCUUGCGCAUGGCAUGUCGGAAAAGUUCUCCCACCAGGUGCUCGCGAUCCUUAACGUAGGAUCCUGUUUUGGGAGAUGGAUCCCAGGAUUCACUGCAGAUUAUAUGGGGAGAUUCAAUACCAUGAUCAUGACAGUGGCGAUUUGCUUCUUAUCCUGCGCAUGCUUGUGGUUGCCCGCCGGCCAUAGCGUUGCAAUGUUAGUGGUAUACGCCUUGGUUUUUGGAUUCGGAAGUGGGAGCAAUAUCAGCUUAACACCUGUCUGCAUCGGCCAAUGCUGCAAGACUGAGAAUUAUGGACGGUAUUACGCAACAUCUUAUACGGUUGUUAGUCUUGGCACCUUGACUGGCACUCCAAUCGCAGGCUUGAUUCUGACCAGCAAUGGCGGAAAUUACUGGGGCCUCAUUACGUUUACCACCGUCUGCUAUUUCGCGGGGUUAGUUUGUUUUAUCGCCGCGAAAGCUGUUCGACAUGGACGAAAUCUAUGGGUGAUUUACUAA